CCUCCAAAGGAAGACAUGUAUAGAGAAGCGAACGUUGUUACUUCGAUCCAGUGUUCCAUAACGUUUUGACUCGCUAAAGUGGCAGACAUUUUUGUUCACCCUGAAAGUGAAUGCAGGGUACUUCAAAAAGAUUACGGUAGAGAUAAAAUCGUGCGUGUUUUUACAUUUAAUCGUUUUUACCAUUUAUUUAUGAUUAAUUGUGACUUGGCAAAUUUGAUGUAAGAAUCUUCCACCGAGUUUCUUCUGAUUUAAAAAAAGAAAGUAAAGAUUACGAUAGAGAUAAAAUCGUGAGUGUUUUUAUAUUCAAUCGUACCAUUUAUUUGUGAUUAGUUGUGACUUGACAAAUCUGAUGUAAGGAUCUUGCAUCAAAUUUUUUUUGAUUUAAAAAAACAAUAAUCAGGCCGAUAAUGAUAGCUCGAAGGUUACUGUUAUUACUGUUACAAAUACACUUCCUCGCGCAUUACUGUUACUCAGAAAAAACAUUAAUAACGGUAUACGAUGACAUCGGUUUAACACCUAUCGAUCCAGAAAUCUCCGAUAGGAUUGAUUGGAAAAAACAUCACUGUAGACGAUUUUGCAAAGAUGGAGCACCAAAAAUGGACUGUUAUUACACCUUCAAAAUCGAAUCUUAUCGUACAAUGAGCAAAGCCUGUUAUGAUUGUCCAUUUAAUGUCACCGAUUGUUUCCGUCCUCAUUGCGUACCUGCCGAUGGGAUAAAGCGUUCGAUUUUAGCAGUUAAUCGCCAGAUGCCUGGACCAUCAAUCGAGGUAUGUCAAGGUGACAGAGUAAUAAUCGAUGUGAUAAAUUUAUUGCAUUCCGAGAGUACUACGAUGCAUUGGCAUGGACUGCAUCAUCACAAGACACCAUUCAUGGACGGAGUACCAUACAUAUCGCAAUGCCCAAUUCCUCCGGGAUCCUCUUUUCGUUAUGAUUAUAUUGCCACUGAGAUUGGAACUCAUUUUUGGCAUUCUCAUAUCGGUUUGCAACGAGGUGACGGACUUUUUGGGCCCAUAAUCGUUCGUGCGCCACCCUCAAAGAACUGGCAUAAGGAUCUUUAUGACGUGGACGAAUUUACAUUAACUCUAUACGAUUGGACUCAUCAAAUGAGUACCGACAUUUUUCUAGCUCAUCAUCAUUCAAACGGCGACAAUAAACCUCGUAAUUUAAUAGUUAAUAAUUUGGGACGAUAUAAAUCCAACAUGAACGAUACAAAUAAGAUUUCCACGACAAUGCCUUUAACGACGUUCCGUGUCAAAAAAAAUCUAAGAUAUCGUUUCAGAUUAAUAAACUCUGAAUUUCUUAAUUGCCCUAUUGAAGUAUCCGUGGAUAAUCACACUCUCAUCGUCGUCAGCUCUGAUGGACGUGAUAUCGAACCGGUGGAAGCUGAAUCUUUGGUGAAUUACGCUGGUGAGAGAUUCGAUUUUAUAGUUAAUAUGAAUCAGGAAGUUAAUAAUUAUUGGAUCCGAUUUCGUGGAUUAAUGGAUUGUGAUGAGAGAUUCUUCGGUGUUCAUCAAGUUGCUAUUCUUAGAUAUGAGAACGCUAAAGAGAUUGAUCCAGAGGGAGAAAUUUCGUACGAACGUCCUCCAAGUUAUUUACCAGGAUUGCAAGUGAAUACAUUAAACAAGGGUACAGAAUCGAAUAAUACUAUCAGUAUAGCUUCACUUAAUGCAAUGGAUAAAAAUGACAAAACGAGUAUCAGAGAACCGGAUUAUCAAUUUUACGUGUCCUAUGAUUUUUAUCCUAAGAACAAUCCGGAUUUUCAUCGAGAUGAUCUUUAUGACUUCUAUCAAGUACGAGAUCGGUCACAACAAUUAUUCACACCGCAAUUAAAUAACAUAUCGAUGAAGUUACCAUCUUUCCCACUCAUGUCUCAAAGAGAUUUAAUCGAUCCUAAUCAAUUUUGUAACUCUAGUACCGUGAAAGGAUGUGAUAAAAAAUUUUGUAGUUGUACUCACGUUCUCCAAGUGAAAUUGAACAGUGUCGUCGAAGUGAUACUUAUUGAUGAAGGUAUUACUUACGAGGCAAAUCAUCCUUUUCAUCUUCAUGGCUACCAAUUUCGCGUCAUAGGAAUGGAGAGACUAAACAAGAACAUCACAGUUGAUUUGGUAAAAAAAUUGGACGCAGACGGUAAAAUAAACAGGAAGCUCGAUCGGGCGCCAUUGAAAGAUACAGUGACUGUUCCUAACAAAGGCUAUACCAUUUUACGAUUUUACGCAGACAAUCCAGGAUAUUGGCUAUUUCAUUGUCACAUAGAAUUCCACGCCGAAAUUGGUAUGUCUCUGAUCUUUAAAGUGGGUAAUCAUGAGGACAUGCAACAAGUUCCAUAUAAUUUUCCUCGAUGUGGCGAUUGGAAGUCCUCCUUCGAUGAAAGUACAAACAUUUCAAGUAAAAAAACAAACAUUUCAAGUAAAAAUACGUUUACGAUAAUUGAAAACUCUACGAAAGUUAAUUCGACAGAAAAUGAUAUAAAUCAGUUGAACGAUUUACAAUCAUCUAUUGACAAGUUAUAUCUGUUGCUACUGGAAAAUAGAAAACCAACUUCUUCCUCGUCUAAUCUUACCAUAUCGACAUUUUUGCCGAACCUUUAUAUCAUUAUUUUUAUUCUUUUUAAACAAUUAUAUUCAUAGUCAUAAAUGAUUAUUUAUAUAUAUAUAUAUAUAUAUAUAUAUAUAUAUAUAUAUAUAUCACACAAUUGUCUGUCACUUUACUACGUAAUAGACAAUUAUUAGAAAUGCGUAAUAUUUUUACAGUCAUACAUGUGUACAUUUAUACGUUUCUAGUUGGAACAAUUACAAAUUUUAAAAGUAUUCCGAACAUGUAUAAAAGUACUAUGUCACUGUGAUAUAUUGAUUAUGAUCGAUAUCAAACUUAAAUGGCAAACAUUUUUCUCUUUUUUGGAAAAAGGAGGAGGAUGGAAGUAUGCUUUUGUUCGAGAUAAAUUGUGUGUAAUCUAAGCACUGAUUUAUAUUUGAUAACAAUAUUACACGUCAGUAUUCGAA